GUUUAGCAAGUCACCCUUUCCUCUUCCGGCCAGUGAGUCCUGUGACCACUGCAGAAUGUCUAAAGCACUUCUGUAUAUGACGGUCAGAGGGGAAUUAACACUUAUGAUGCAUACUUAGCUCAAUACAGCCAGCCUUACUCUGAGACUGCAAAGGCCAACUAUACACAGUUUGUACCCGGAUAACAGGACAGCAUCCAACAGUUCCAGAAAACAGCAAAACUUGUGCUGCCAACAUAGAACUCCGCUUGGCUCAGAUUUCAGGAAAAAUGUAUCGGCCCCACUCAGAAGUCACCCUUAUGCUUCUAGCAUUAUAUGCAUUGGGUGCAGUUAAAGGGCAGGAUGAGUGUGGGAACUGUUUACAUCUGGAUUCCGGAUCAGUGAUCGGUAUUGUGGUCUGUGAUGUCAUCAUUACAGUGCUGAUAGCUUUCGUGGCGUAUUACGUGUCACUUAGAAUGGAGAGGAAGAGGCAUGCGGAAACUAAAAAAGUCAAUGACUUAAAGGAACCUACUUAUGAAGAGCUCCAAGGACAAAGAACAGAGGUAUACAAUGACCUAAGUCGACCAUACAACUGAAUUGCUCUACAACCGAAGCAAAAUUAGAGAUCUCUAAUUAAGUAUCAGAAUAUUUUAUAUUUUCUCCUAUAGAUUGUGAGAAAAAUAAUACUAGAAGUAAAAACAUGAGACAAUAAAGAAUAGGAGAUAACAUACAAAUGCUAAUUAUUACAUUGAAAGCUUCACUUAACCUAUCUUGUUUUUAUGUAUUCUUGCAUUGGUUUAACUAUUUUGACUGAUAAAUUCACUCAUUUGUA